AUGUCAAAAAAGAGUGGAGAUGAUAUAUGGAAAGGAAGUGUUGAAAAAAUUAACUCAGAAUUAUUCACAUUGACGUAUGGAUCACUAGUAUCUCAACUAUGUCGAGACUUUCAAAAUAAUUAUCAAGAAGUAAACAUUCAAUUAGAUAAAAUGGGUUACAACAUAGGUUUGCGAUUAAUAGAAGAGUUUCUCGCCAAAACCGGAAUCCGUAGAUGUUCAUCAUUUAAAGAAACAGCAGAUAUAAUAUCAAAAUUAGGUUUCAAACUAUUUUUAAAUUUCCAACCAACAGUUGAGAAUUGGUCAAAUGAUAAUAAAAUUUGUUCACUUAUAAUUCCAGAACCAAAUCCUUUAACGGAAUUUGUGGAUUUACCACCAACAGCUAAAGAUUUAUGGUAUUCUCAAAUAUUAUGUGGUGUAUUGAGGGGAGCUUUACAAAUGGUUCAAUUGGAUUGUGAUGUUUAUUUUGUUAAAGAUGUUUUGAAAGGGGAUGAUAAGACUGAAAUGAAGUUGAAAUUGAAUAAGAUUUUGAAAGAUGAAGUACCUGUAUAA